AUGACAGAAAUUACUAAAUCAGAGAGUGUCAAUAUUGACAGAGAUACUAAGAUGUACUCUGACUUGUGUAUUUCUCCAAAUCAAUAUGUCUCUAUUCCCGUUCAAGUAACACUACCCGACAAUAAUACAUUGUCAACUAAUUUUGCUUUGUCUGAUACAAUUUUGGAUGUGAAACGUUUCAUUUUACUAGCCUUACAACCAAAAUUAGAAAAUGUACAACAAAUAAAAUGUGUUAUGCAUGAGGGACAAAAAGUAUAUGAAGCAAGUGACUGUAUAGUACUAAAACAAAAAUGGAAGAACUGUCCCAUUCAAAUAUCAGUAAGUAUCAUACAUCAUCAAGACAUUGAACAGAUAUCACAGGAACCCAAUGCUUCAGCACAGCCCAUUUUACAUCCCGAGUAUGGAAAUAUACUUGAUACUAAUGCUACAAUGCCAAAACAUACAACAGGAUAUAGGGAUAAGAAUACUGGUAAACUGUACAGAAACACAUUAGUACAAACAAUAUCUGAAGAUAUUGAUUUUGAUAGUCAGUACUAUAAGAAUAAAAUUUCAAUGUCAAUUCAAACAAUCCAAACUAAAGACGAAAAUACUGAAUCUGUAGUUGAAUUUGGUACUCAAACCCAAUCAAUGGAUAUUCUUCGAUCGUUAAAUGUUAUAAGAGAAAUAAGUAAUUAUUAUAAUAAAGUAAAAUCAAUGUAUAUUUAAUUUUUAUCUUAUCUAACAAUAGCUCCUUGUCAAUCUGUUAUACUUCCUGAAGCAAAUGGAUUAAAAA